GCGAAGUGAUACUAUAUUCUGUUGAUGGAGCACCAAACAUCACCAUGGCUGGAAUUGUCAUAUAAUUUGCAGUAAGAGAGAACAAGUAGUGUGCUGGGCCAGAGAGACGCUACUGGGAGUGCCACUGAGAGCCAGAGGCGACUGAGUUAGACUUUGUGUGCCGUGUGAGCAGUACGCUGAGUAAAAGUGGUGUAUUCAACGACGGAGUGUGGUUGUUUGUGUGCUGAGGGAACCCCCGUCUGUAGCUCGACGUGCUACACUGGCGCCCAACGUGGGGCCAGCACACAGCAAUGUCUGAUCCACAACCGCCUAUACAGCGGCCUCCACAGCAGCCGACUCCACAGCCGACUCUGCAGCCGACACCGCAGCCGCUUAUGGAGCAGCCCUCACAGCUGGUCUCACUGCUGGGGGAGAUGCUGGGGCAGAUCACAGCAGUACACAGCAAGCAGACGGCGAUUAACAGGCGGCAUCUGGAGGCACUCCAGAACCAGGCGGGGAAGCAGAACCAGCUGCUCGAGGGGCUGCUGGCCCGGUCGGGGGCUCAGGUACCAUCUCCUCCACCCUCCUCCUUCUCCGGUAUCACCAUGCACCGGAUGACAGCGGCAGUUGACCCCCAAACCUUCCUCGAAAUGUUCGAGGCCACGGCGGAGGCAGGUGGCUGGCCGGCGGUGGAGUGGGCCGUGCGCCUACUUCCCCUGCUGUCAGGGGAGUCCCAGACUGCAGCGCUUGGCCUGCCAGCUUCUUCUCGGGGGGAGUUCCGAAACAUCAAAAGAGCCAUCCUGGACAGGAUGGGUUUUUCCCCUGAGGAUCACCGCCGCCGGUUCCGGUCCGCCACCUUGGGACCCUCCGCCUGUCCUUUUGUCUAUGCGCAGCAGCUGAAGGACGCUGCCACCAGGUGGCUGCAGCCGGGGGGAUCCGUCGGAGAGAGGCAGAUGCUGGAGCAGGUGGUGUUGGAACAGUUUGUGGAGGGGCUCCCGACCAGGACCGCGGAGUGGGUGCGGUGCCACCGUCCGGUGGAUUUGGAGGCCGCUAUCACCCUCGCAGAGGAUCACCUGGCCGUCCACAGUGGGGACCGAGCUCCGGAGAGGCGGCCCUCUGCACCCACCCGACCCGUGCCCGCGCCUCGCAGAAGACCCCCACUUACCGCCCGUCUGGAAACUGUUGCCCGGCCUCUCCCUCCGCCGCGCACUAACCAACCCUCUGCUCUCUCUCCUCCCCAGGGUCCAGCCGCUACGGGUGCCGCUCUCGACCCACAGAGGGUUCCUCAGGCAUCAGGGAAGGAGUGUUGGCGGUGCGGGAGUGCCCUCUCAUCGAGGUCGGUCAGGUGAUCCGGGUUGCCGGCCCACCAACACCCUCCCCCGGUCCAGGAGGGACAUACAGCGUCCCGUAGUGUGCUGGGCCAGAGAGACGCUACCGGGAGUGCCACUGAGAGCCAGAGGCGACUGAGCUAGACUUUGUGUGCCAUGUGAGCAGUACGCUGAAUAAAAGUGGUGUAUUCAAAGACA